UUCAGUUAUCCGCGCUUUGCGACUUGUAGCUUUUGAUUUUGUUUAUUUUAAAAAUAUGGACGAAAUAUAUGAAAAAGUGCCUUGUAGAGAGAACCAGUUAGAUGAUUUGUUAGAUCUGCUGGGUGAAGACGAUGAACCGCUACCGGUUUCCAUAUUUAUCAGUGGAAACAUGGCUACUGGAAAAAGUUUAUGUGUAAACACUGUGCUACAGCAUUUACGUUUCAAACACGUUAUGAUAGACUGCAUAGAGUGCUAUACGCCGAAAAUUAUGUACGAGGUAAUUUUAUCGGGACUUUACGAUGACCAGGUAGAUAUUAAAUGCGAUUCUAUAUGGGAAUUAAUGAAUAACCUAAACACAUACAGUACUCAACUAAGUCGCUACGAACCAAUAGUAUUAGUGUUCGACAGAGCAGAAAGGUUUCGUGCAAUGGAUCAAAGCAUAAUGUGCGCGUUUUUAAGAUUGCGCGAAUUCUGUACCUUAAAUAUUUGCACAUUUUUUGUCACUCAUCUGAUUUACGACAACUUUAAUUUCAAAAUGGGCGUCCGAGAGCCUAUAAAGAUCUAUUUCCCAAAUUACAACAAAGAGGAGCUGUUUAAAAUAAUAUUUUUACGCCAGAAAGCGUUCGUGCGUCACUUGACGAGCAAUCACGACGUUGAUUGUGGAAUAAAAGAAGAUCUUGAAUGGCCAGAGUUGUUCGCAAACUUUCUUAAUGCAUUCUUGAGCGUGUUCUAUCGACCAUGUCGGGAUUUAAUCGAAUUACAGCAUAUGGCGAGAGUAAACUUUGUAAAAUACUGUGAGCCGAUCAUUAAAAAUGAGAUAAAAUCCAAUGAUCUUUCAAAGCUAUGGCGCCACAUUGCACCUAUUCUCAAAACAAGUUUAGAAUUACUGUAUCUUAGAAUAAGCACAUCAAAACCCACCAUACCAUCGCCAGGGAAAGAAAACAAUGACUGGAUUGAUUCCCAUAACUAUAAUUUUGAAAAUACAUUAAAACAAGAAUUGUUAUCAACAAAGACAUUUGCACAGAGUUUUGAACUGCCAUACUAUGCCAAAUUUCUUCUUAUUGCUGCCUAUUUAGCCAGUUAUAACCCACCGAAAGAAGAUAAAAGGUUGUUUAUGAAAAAUCAUGGAAAACAACGAAAGAGGUUGCAGCAAGUCAAAGCGAAGGCUAAAAUUAGUGAGAAACUAAACACACAGCUUGGACCUAAAGUAUUUACGCUCGAUAGAUUGCUAGCAAUCUUUUACGCUAUACUACAGGAGAAAAUUGGUUUAACAAGUAAUUUAUUGGCUCAAAUAGCCACUUUAGUUGAAUUAAAGUUAAUUGCGGGCAGCAAAGAAAUUGAUUUAGACACAUCUAAAUAUAAGUGCAUAGUUGGUUAUGAUUUUAUUUCAGCCGUUGCUCAAACGGUUGGUUUUAAUGUUAGGAAGUAUUUGUAUGAUUUCAUCUAAACUGUAAUUUCAUAUUUUGUUAAAUAUAAUAUUUAUUAAAUAGUGUAAAUAAUUUA